CUCUGAACAACUUCAUCUUGUCAUUUAAAACACCUUGAUUGUAAGGCAAAAAAACAGCAGCGAAAACGAUUUGAAUCGCGCUAAAGCUGCAUCGGUGAACUCACUCUGAUUGCAAAGUGCUUCUAAAUGCCCAGUUAAAGCAGUGCUAGAGAUCGUUCGCAUUGUUUUGGCUACGGGCCGGAAAAGACGGAACAUUAACUGUUAUUAACAAUAACAUAAACAAUAUUAACUGUUACCUACCCCCCUGGCUCGAGAAGUUGCGGUUAGUAUGUUGGAGGGCUGGUACUGCCGCACGAUGAACGAGGAAGCACAGCAACGGAACCCGCUCAUGUCGAUACUCAACGAGGAACCGCAGCCACCGAACCCGCUGAUGUCGAUACUGAGCGAGGAAUCAGCGGCGCCGCGGGGCAGCCCGCUUCCCACGCUGAUAACCGAAUCGGCCUCGGCUGUGGACGUGAGCAGCGGCGGCGAGGACGAGAGCGACGACGAGGAGUCGGUCACGUUCGUCACCGACUUUCGGACGAUGUACAGCGACCUGAAGAAGAAAGUGAAGAUACUGAUACAGGAGAAUGUUUUCUUUCAGAACAACCUGAGAGCCAACCAGAAGCGGCUGCUGAAGAUUACGCGCGAUCGGUCCUUCCUGCUCGACCGGCUGGCGGAGUACGAACGGGAGGUGCUGUCAUCGUCCGACAGCGACGAAACGGUCGAGUCGGAAGACUCGGCCCGGGUCGAGGUACAACCCAAGCGGCGCAAGGUCGAACCGUCCACUUCGCAAAGUACGUCCACGCAAAUGAAACCACCGGUCACUACCGCGCGUCGCGGCAAAAAGAUUACCAAAAAGCAACAGCAGCAACAGCAACAGCAGCAGCAGCAGCAGCAGCAGCAGCAGCAGCAGCAGCAGCAACAACAACAACAACAACAGCAGCAGCAGCAGGAACAACAGCAGCAAUUACAACAACAGCUGGCACUGCAGCAACAACAGCUACAACAGCAGCAGCAGCAGCAGCAGCUGAUGCAAUUGCCACAUCAGUUGUCCCUUCCGCAACCGCUGCAACAGCAACAGCUGCUUCAGCAAUCACAACAGCUCGCCCAAAGUUCGCAGGAUGUGCUAGACCAGCUAACCCCAGAAGACCGGCUGCUGUUGCACAUGCAGCAGGACAAGCUCAUGGAUCUGAUCAAACAGAUACCACAGUCGCAGCAGCUGCUGCAGGCAGCCCAGCAGCAGCAGCCGUUGCAACAACCUCAACCGCUAAUGCAGACCCAACGCCAGCAGUUGAUGCAACCGCCGCAGCAGCUAUUGCAAACGACACAGCAGCAGCAGGUGCAAGUGCAAGAACUAAUGCCAACCCAACAACAGCUGCUGCAAUCACAGCAGCAGCAGAUCCUUCAGCAACAGCAACAAUUACAGCUGAUGCAACAGCAACAACCACUAUUACAACAGCCGCAGCCACAGCUGCAGCAGCAACAAGGACAGCAACAGCAGCAACAACAGCAACAAGGACAACAACAGCAGCAGCAACAGCAGCAGGGGCAACAACAGCAGCAAGGACAGCAGCAGUACAAUUACAGCCCGAUCCAACAGUACAUCGACAGCCCGCUGGAACAGAUCCGGCAGCAGCAGAUCGACCAGCUCGAGCUGCAGCAACUCUCCCAGCACAUCCUUUUCCAGUCGCCCUCGUUCGUGCAGCAGCCGGCGACGAGCAGCGCGUACCAGUUCCCGCUGUCCAUGAUGUCCCAGGUGCCGACCGAACUGUUGGCAACCUCCACCUCCAACUCGGACCUGGACGUGUCGGUUGACGAGGUAGCGAUGGAGAUCACCAAGGAGGAGCUCGAGCGGCACCUGCAGUCGCGCCAGAUCGUGCCACAGGUCAUACCGGAGGGUGAGCUGCCGAUCGAAAUGUUCAACAACAACCCGUCCUCCUCGACGUCGGUCGAAGCAGCCGACCAGCUGAAGGACGCGGCCGGCAAUCUUGUGACCGAUGUAUCGCUGGCCGAUUUAAACCUGAUGAACGUUUAGUCGCGGAAGAUCGCGCAAAGCUGACUGGUUGAGCGAUUCGGGUGCAUAAGGACCAUAAGCGUAUUAGCGACGCACGUUUUACGAUACGGUACUCAAAAGUGUGUAUAAUUUAUUUUUGAUUCCAACUUUACGAAAAAAUGAGGAUUGCAGGACUGAUUGUUCUGUUUUUUUUUUUGUAUUUUUUAUGAAGCAUCUAAAGAUCAAUGUAAUUUUGGGGAGUUUUUUAUGUUGAAAUAGAAGAUGAUGUACAGUAGGAAAAAUGAA